AUGUCGGACAACGAGGAAGCUAGCGCUAACCGUGAAAUAGCUGUGUCCAUGGUAGGAACACUUACUGCGUUUGACAGUCAGGCUCAGACUUGGGAGGAAUAUUGUGAAGUUUUGGAGCACUUUUUUGAGGCAAAUGAGAUUGCUGAUGGAGGGAGAAAGCGGGCAAUACUGUUGAGCUCAGUAGGCAGCAAGACAUACAGUUUAAUGAGGAACCUGCUAAGCCCAGACAAGCCUGGUGCUAAGUCAUACAAGGACUUGACUGAGCUGCUUCAGUCGCAUUACAAUCCAGAGCCCAGUGAAAUAGUCCAGAGAUUUAAGUUUAAUUCAAGGACUAGAGCAGCAAAUGAGACUGUGACAGAGUAUGUGGCGGUGCUAAGAGAGCUGGCACAACAUUGCAAUUAUGGAGAAAAGCUGAAAGAGAUGCUACGCGAUAGGCUCGUGUGCGGCAUUGCGGAUGAUCAUAUACAGAGAAAACUGUUGGCGGAGCCUGAGCUGACAUUUGAAAAGGCCUUGAAAGUCGCGCAAGCCAUCGAGACAGCAAACAAGGAUGUGCGUGACCUCCAAUCACAACCAAAGACGCUGGACAGUACUGUAAGCAAAAGUGCAACACCAUUGACAGUGCAUAAUGUGGGUACAAGACCUAAAUGGCGGGGCAAGGAUGCUCCAUUAGCUUGUUAUAGGUGUGGGGGUGAACACUUAGCACGGGACUGUCGGUUUUUAAACGAAAGGUGCCAUGGAUGUGGUAAAAAGGGGCAUGUGAAGAUGUGCAGGUCCUCUCCUCCUACUGAUCAGCAGAAGGCUAAGGGGGGAGGGAAGCAUAAGAAUUUUGUUAAGGAUGGAAAGGAUAGCCGAAAAGAGAAAAAGCAGUCCACACACCAUAUCAGCGAGUCCUCUGAUUCACAAUCCAGUGAUGAAGAAUUGUUUUCAAUGCACAACUUAAAAGAUUAA